UUUAAUUACCUUCCCAUUGGUGGAUUUGAGAAAUGAUAUUUGUGGAAUAUCAAAAAUCUAGUAGCUAUUUGCAGUCCAAUAUUCGAAACUGCAAACCGCUUUUGUUCUUAGCAGCUAUUUGCAGUACAGUAUAAGUGAAAUUUCAAUAAAAUCCUGCAAUUUUGUACAGAUUAAAAUGUGAAGAAAUGGAACUAAAUUGUUAAAGGCAGUCCAAAUGGCAUCUUUCACAGAGACACUCACUUCUAUUCUUCAUUCUAACUAUCCAUCAAUGCAGUUUGGUAAAGCUGGUGGAACAAAUACAACCUUUGUAGGUCAAUAUUCUUCCUCAUUUUUCAGACAAUCUGUUAGAGAUUUGUAUAUUAAUAACAAAUCCAAUGUCAAAUGGAGAGCACAUGUUACGGGCAAAUCCUCCGAAUCAAUGUUGAAUAAAUCUGUGUCUAUUGUAAAUGAGACUUACUCAGAAUUUAAAUCAAAAUUUUCAAAAGCAUUGGGUUCGUCAAAGAGGACACUACAACAGGCGAUUGCUCCUCUGGAGCCUAUUUUCACCACGCCGAACGGAGACAUUCCUGUAAGUUUUGCAGUAGGAUUGGGUAUGAUGGUUGUAUUUAUAGUCAUUGCAAUAAAGGGAUACAUGGCUAGGCAAUCUGGAGACAAUGGACGGGGUUCUGUGUCAGAUCUUAUAAAGAGAGGUCAACUAAGAUCAGAUAGAAGAGCAAUUUCUAGGCCCCUGAACUACGAGGACCCUUUUAACAAUCCUUUGGUUAGGAUGAGUGAAAAGAACUCAACUGUAAAGAUAUGUGGAAAAGUUUUCCGCUUAGCCCCCGUGACUUUAACUGAAGAAAAAGCAAUGAACCAUCAAAACAGGCGUAUUCGAGCUUAUCAAUGGAAAAGGCCAACUGUGUUUCUUAAGGAAGGGGAUCCUGUUCCAGAAGGUGUUGAUCCAGAAACUGUCAGAUGGAUUCCUUCAAAUCAUCCUUUUGCAACUGCUAGCAAUGAUAUUGAUGAAGACUUUGCACAGAGAAACAUAUAUCAAAAGCGAGGUGUACCCUCUCGUCUCAGGGCAGAGCAUGAAGCAUUGCAGAAGAAGAUGAUGGAAGCUACUCAGGAUGAAGACAAGCUUAAUCCUAUGGCAGAGCAUCCUGGUACCAAUGGAAAACUAAGCAGCUUUCCUACAACUGAAAGAGCAAAUGGACACCCCAAUAGCAAUGCUAAUCAUUACAAUGGUAGAACUGGCAAUCCAAAUGAAAUUUAAGCUGUUGGAAAAAGAAGGAUCUUGACGACAACUUUUAUGGUGCACCUUCUUCUUGGAUGGUUCUGGAACUCACAGCUGUCUGAAGAGCUAUAUAGAAGUAUCUACUUUAGUUAGAGGAUUUAUUUUCUGGUGCAAGAAGGUUCACGAUGUAACAAAGCAAUUCACUUUAUCUGAUCAUCCACUUGUGAUAACUGAUGAGAAGAAUUUAACUGCAAGUUGUCCAUAUUUAUGUGUCAAUGUAUAUGAAGGAGCGAUAGUUUGGUUAGCUGUAGAUUUGGCAUCUUCUAUGUGGUCUAUGCUAUUUUAUGCUUGUGAUGUUAAUGUGAAUCAAGGAAAUAGAUCAAGAGUAUUAUACUAA